GUUGGAAACACUCUCAUAUGGAGGUUUUCAAUGUAAGAAAUCAAAACAUUGUGUGUUGUCAUUUUGCUGCUAGUAUAAUGCAAAGAAAUACCUGAGAACCGAGUUUUUUUUUCACAAUAAAGCCCGUGCUGCUUCACAGUUCCAUGGUUUUAUUGAGCUAAACGGAUAUGGGAAUAGUUGACACAUUCGGUCAGGCAUUUCACAUUUUAUAAACAUUACGUCAUGAAUCACGGCAAAUUGCCGAAAGGCUGGAUUGUUGUCUCUUCAAAGAAGCGUCCAGAUCGUGUAUAUUAUUUCAACGAAAGAACAAAUCAGACCUCGUGGGAACAUCCGGGAUAUGACACAAAUGAGCCCUCCGCAAAAAUGUCUAAAGCUACCAAAAAGCGAAGAAAUGAGGAAGGAGAUCCACCAAAUGAGCCAAUUAUCCCAGAAGAGGCUCCAACAACCUCAAAAACCGACAGACCCAAGUUAAAGGCCCGAAGAACAUUACCAGCGAUGGCAAACGAUCAGCCAACUGUAUCCAGAGAGACUCCCCAGAUGAAAGUUCUACGUCAAAAGAUGUUGGAAAGACAAUCAAAUGUCAGUGCAGCGAAAAAAGCGAAGAGCACAAUUGAAGAUGAAUCGAAAUCCCCCAAAAAGGAGACGAAACCCGAACCCAAGCAAGACAAACAAACCCAGAAACCCUUGAUUAACUUAGAGACGAUGACUCCUCAGAUGAGAGAAGUCUACGAGAGACUGCAAGCACGAAAAGCCCAGGCAAAGGGCAAGAAAUCUGACCAAGUCCCGCAAGAACUGCCAAAAGUACCUGAACCUUUACCCGAAGAAGACACUCUGCGACGUGGCAGGUCUAGAGCUAGAUCAAUGGGCCCAGCCCCAACUGCAGCACCAGCUCCCGCCCCAGAGCCAAACGAGCCCUCAGGCUCCAAAAAUCGUAGGAGAACGAUGUACGUACCCUCGACGAAGGUCCAACGACAGAAAUCAGGAAGUGACACAGAGUGUGCAGUCAAGCCCACCGACGACUUGAAAUCCUCCACAAGAAAAUCAAUGACACCUCAGACUAAGAAAAACAUUGCCAAAGAGAGAAUAGAAAAACUAAGACGAAGUUUGGUGAUUGAAGUCCCAGAGGAGGACUCCCCUCACCCCAAGAGGGCUAAAAAAUCUCCAGAGAACGAGAUACCAAGGCCAUUGUUACCGAAAUUAGAUAAAAUAGCAGUCCCUGAUAUUUAUAAAACUGCAGAAGCUAGGAUGAAGGCACUCAAAGAGAAACUUAACAAAGAAGCAGAAAGGGCUAAAGAGGAAAUGAACGAUUCGGCACGAGUCUCCUCAAGUAAUUCUCCAAGACCAAGAGGCUUUGUGGAUGGAGCAAGAGAACCUGCCCUCCUCCUCCAAGAUUUAUCCUACGAUGAUGAAGCAAUGGACUGGGAGCCAAUCGAGGAUGACGUGAUAAUGCAGGAGAUCCAGUCAGUGAGGAAUGAAUUAGGGGCUGAUGUUCAUGAUGUCCCCAUGGAGCAACACCCCGAAGAAUGCAGCUUGGAUCUUGUUGAUGGCCAAGUUGAGUCCAGUCGUCGUGCCCUGUACAUCGUCAUCGACACGAAUGUCUUUUUAUCGAACAUUCAGGCUGUCGAGCAGGCCCGAGACACUGUCUUCAAGACUCAUGGACGUCCCAACAUCGUGAUACCUUGGACUGUCAUUCGAGAGCUGGAUUACAUCAAGGAUGACAAAGCAAACUCCAGACCUGAGGGUCUAAAGACCAAAGCAAGACAGGCUGUUCGAUUUCUCAAUCGACACUUUUCUGAUAAACAUCCUAGGAUUCUGGGACAAACUGCUCGAGAUGUUGUGAACAAUCGAGAGCUGUUUGCUGUUGAGUGUCCAGAUGAUGAAAUCCUUCAGACCUGUUUGCAGAUACGAAAGUCCAAUAACUCAGUGGUUUUGUUGUCUUAUGAUAAGAAUCUCUGCAAUAAAGCCAUGAUUUAUGAUGUCGUCACUCUUGGGAAGAAUGACCCAUUGGAAAAAGUUGAUUACCUGAUUGCCAGUGAAUACAGAUCCGAAUCUUUGCUCACUUCUCAUUUGAAUCAGAAUGGAAAUAACCCGAGGAGGCCCACGACGACGUACAUCAAAGAAUUGUCAAUCGCUGAAAAUAUCUUCGAGGAGAUCAAAGCUGUCUUGAAGGAUUUUCUCACUGUGAUCGUCGCAAGGGAGAUGCAGAAUUUGUAUGGAGAGAAUUGGGAGAAGUAUGUCAUCAUUCCACCCCCCUGGACGGCUAUUACCGUACUAAAGUGUGCCAUUAAACACUGGAUGGCAGCCGUUAAUGAUUCGUUUAUAAGGAGGGCUGAGCCUAUAUUGAAAGAGCUGUACGAUGUCAUGAGUAAAUAUGAGAUAAACAGAAGAUUGAGGGACGUGGAGCACGUGAUUGAUCUCACGUAUGAUCUGGUACAGUGCCUUAUCAUGAAAAAAUAUCCAAAUUUGAUUGAACGAGUUGAGCUUGCUAUUCAGGAUCUGAGGAGAAGACAUCGUGAGGCUGCGCAGGACAUUGAGGAGGAGGAUUUUACAGAGAAACUUGGGAGGCAGGGAAAUCAGAAGGAGCUGGAGGCCAGGGCUGACGCUGUCUUCCGUAGGUUUGACAAGAUUUAUUCGUUUGCUAGGGAUGUUUGUGGCGCUGCGUGUGACUCAGUUGGGAUGCCCUGCAGCUUUGAUUUCAAGAAGUUGGAUCCGCCACCUGAUGAUGAUCACAUCAGAAAUCUGCAGCCAGAAAUUGCUGCCAGUUUGAAUCGUCUUCUGUUGAUUUUGAGCAGAGCUCUAGAGGACUUGCGACUAUUGCACAAAGACCACAGAUCAGUCCUGGCUCUUUAUGAUUCCCUGCAAAACUUCUUCCCAGACAACGACUUCGAAGUGACCGAGAAAAUUUCCCCACUCGAUGUCUACACGUGUUUGAAGUAUAAGGAGAAGAGUCUUAGAUUUGGUGUGCCACAGCUACAGCAGCUUAUCGACCACUUCUGUCGAUUGGCAUCAUUUCGUUGUCGCUAACGUACUUGCAUCUCAAAAAGACAGGCUUUCUAAAUUAUUGUUUUUAUUAUAAGAUAAUAACAUUAACCUUAUGGGGCGAUUUCAGUUGUUUAUUAAGAAAAUUUGAGUGUUUACUUUUUCAUUUGAUAAGAAUUUUCAAUAUGGCGUUUCAC